AUGAAUUUUCUUACGAAAAAAAAGAUUAUAGUUGCUUAUUACAUAUAUAGGAAAAAGAAAAUAGAAAAAAAAAGGGAAGUAAGGUUUUGGAUACAUCCGAUUUUAGAAAAAAGGGAGGAAUAUGGCGCGUUUCAUACACUUGUCAAGAAUCAAUUGAGAGAAGAUGAAGACAAGUUUUACAAUUAUUUUAGAAUGCAGAAAACUACAUUCGACAACUUGCUCCAAAAAUUAUCCCAGGAACUAAAACAUCAAGAUACUUUUAUGCGAGAGAGUAUAUCGCCCGCAGAAAGAUUGGCUGUAACUCUGAGGUAUCUAGCAACAGGAGAUACCUUUACUGACCUAUACUACAGCUAUAGAAUUGGAAUAAAAACCAUAAGUUGCAUCGUACGUGAAGUAUGCCACUACAUUUGGUUAGAACUGUGUAAAGAAUAUAUGAAAAUGCCAUCUAAAGAAGACUGGCUACACAUUGCAAGCAAAUUUCAAGAAUCUUCCAACUUCCCGCUGUGCUUAGGAGCGGUCGAUGGAAAACACAUCAGACUUAUUAAGCCAAUUGAUAGUGGCUCGAUGUUUUUAAAUUACAAACAUUUUUUUUCUAUAGUUUUGAUGGCAGUAGUAGAUAGCGAUUACAACUUUAUAUUUGUUGACGUUGGCGCCUACGGAAAGGAGUGUGAUUCCAGUGUGUUUAAAGAGACCCCAUUUUGGAAAAAUUUAACAAACAACGGAUUAAAUCUACCCGAUGCAACACGUUUGCCUGGAAUUGACUACGAUUUGCCAUAUGUGUUCGUUGCGGACGAAGCCUUUGCUUUGCAUUAUCACUUGCUUCGUCCAUUUGGUGGUCAUCAGCUUGAUCAAUUAAAACGUACAUUUAACUACAGACUCACCAGAGCGCGAAGAUUUGUUGAAUGUGCGUUUGGCAUUUUAUCCAAUAAAUCGACACCAGCAAUUUAUACUGCGCUAACUCAAAAAGCGUACUUUACAGUAGAGGCGUUUAAAGGGAAAAACGUGAUAACUUUUACAUUAAUUAAGAUACUUUUUUGAAAUUUGGUAUGCUUAAUAUUUAAUUUAUUCAUUGUAAUAUCUCAUAUUUAUAUUUCCUUAAUUAUUUCUAUUUUUUGAUUUAGCGCAAGUUAGCCGUAUAUAAACGUAAUUCAUCAAAACAAUGUUACAUCUUAUACACGUCUAACUUAUGUUAGCGUAGUGUAGUACGGGACGUCGUAGUGAAUGAUCAAUCAUCUGGUGCAUAUUUCAAUAUUUUAUAAAGAACAUGUACUUACUUACAAAAAGAAUAGUCAACGUACCAUUAAUAAACUAAUUAAUACGUUAACACAUAAGUAUUUACUAUGUAAAAGUCGCUAAGUCGUUCAUUUUACAAACGAACAAGUAUACACACGAACGCACUAAACUGCGCUAACUAUGAGUUAGUGCAGUG